AUGAGCAAAGAAAAUCCAACAGAAUACGUUACAUUCAACCUUGAUUCUAAUAUUAAGGAGAUUUCUGAUGUUGAAUUUUCGAAAAGGUCUUCAAAAAAAGUUUUUACCAAAAACCCACGGCUCAAUAAAAAGAAAAUUGUUAAAACUAACAAGAAACGAAAGUCUUUGAUUGAAAAAGUAGAAGUUGAUGAAAAGAAGAUUCAGGAGAACGAUGUGGACGACAUUUCCGAGCUGGAACCACAACGUGUGAAGACAAAGUUACAUGUUAAGAAGAUUACCAAGAAGAAGGAGAACUUUAGACAAAGGAUUGAAGCUAAAAUACGGGCGGAAAUAUUGAAUGCUGAGGAUAAUGGGUAAGAUAUUGAGUUUUUUGUUUCUUUUUUAGGAAAAACGACGACGUUUUUUGCAUGGAGAACGUUAUUUCUUUUAUUUUGAGGCAUAAGGAAGGUGUUUUUCAUUGAAAAAGAAGGUUUUGAGGCAAUAAAGUACCUUUUUUACUAUUUUUAAACUUUUUUAAUGUACCAUACUUUAAUUUAAAAUUUUUCAGUGGUAUAUCGCUAGACGAAGGUAAAGAAACUUACUUUCUUGAGCAAAAAGACAUUGUAUCAGCUGUUGACAUUGCUGCAGCUUCGAAACACUUUACUUUGGACCUGGAUUAUGGUCCAUAUAAAGCAAAGUACAUCCGUAAUGGCCGUCACUUACUAUUAGGAGGACAUAAAGGGCAUCUUGCUGCUUUUGAUUGGAUGACCAAGACUUUACAUUGUGAAGUUAAUGUGACUGAAAAGGUGAAUGAUGUAGCUUGGCUACACUCGGAAAACAUGUUUGCUGCUGCACAAAGGAGAUGGACUUAUAUUUAUGACAAAAACGGGGUGGAGUUACAUUGUAUUAAGACAUUGUUUAAUGUUCAUUCACUGGAGUUCUUGUCUCGUCAUAUGUUGUUGGUAGCUAUGGUAUGUUUAUUUGGUUUUGUUUGGAUUUUUAGGUUUGUAAAGAAGGUUUUUUUUGGCUAAUUUAAGUUCUGUAAAGAAAGUUCUUGCCACUCUUUGUUUUGUAAAGAAAGUUCUUGUCAUUUUUUCUGUUGUAAACGGUAUUAUCAACUGUUCAUCAUCUAUCACGUCAUUUCAGAGUAAUGAGAACAUGCUCAGCUACCUGGACGUCUCUACUGGUCAGAUGGUUCAACAAUGGCGGAUGAAACAAAAAGAUUCAACAUGUAUGACCCAAAACCAGUCCAAUGCUAUCAUUGUCAGUGGGAAUACGAAAGGCGUGGUAGCCAUGUGGUCACCGAACAGUAAAGAGGCUCUAGUUGAGAUGUUGACUCAUAAAGCACCAUUAAGUGGCAUUGCUAUCAACAGAGAUGGUAAAACUAUGGUUACUGUGGGUUUGGAUAAACAGUUGAAGAUCUGGGAUCUGAGGAAUCAUCAGGAAAUGGCAGCAUAUCGACUACCGUUCCCGCCAAGCCAGGUUGCGAUCAGUCAAAUGGGCCAAAUUGCAGUGGCUUGUGGUCAGAAUGUGCAGGUAAAGGUUGUGUGGAAGCGAUUUUUUCGUUUGUAAAGAAAGUUCUUGCUUUUUUGUUCUGUAAAGGAAGUUUUUGCUACUUUUUGUUUUGUAAAGAAAGUUUUUGCCAUAUUUUUUAAAUACUUCAACUUUAAAGUAAUAAAACUUGCCAUUUCAGGUAUAUUCUGACCCCAAUAUCAACACAAUAACCAAGCCCUACCUUCAAUACCGUGCCCCAGGCACUGUCUCAUCCCUUCAGUUCUGCCCAUACGAAGAUGUUCUUGGAAUUGGCCAUAGCCAUGGCUUCGCUUCCAUCCUCGUCCCAGGCUCAGGCGAUCCAAACUUUGAUGCCCUCAGGGAGAAUCCGUACGAGACCAAGAAUCAGCGACGCGAACGUGAAGUACGACAACUCAUGGAGAAGUUGCAGCCAGAUAUGAUCACAUUGGACCCAACUCAGAUCAACAAAGUCAAUCGAAGCGAGUUGGACAAGAAAAUCGAGUACCGAGAUACUGUUAUGCACUAUGCUGAUGCCAAGAGUAUGAAUGUUGAUCCAUCGAGGUAUUACCAGAGGAAAAAGACCUUGAAGUAGGUGGUAAAGUAUUCAUAUGAAAAUUUUAUGUUUUCUUGUUGAUUUUAUAUUGUUACACAUUGUUAAUGUUGAUUUAUACUUUAAUAAAUUCUUUUUUGUUUUUUGUUUUGAUUAAGAAUUGGUAUUUUGAACUGCGCGUAUUUUACUUGCUUUAUGUUCUGCACGGUGCAAAAAAUAGAAAUUUUGAACGGUGCAAUAAAAUAAACUUUUUUUUUUUCAAUUUUGUUCAAAAUAUAUACGGAAACUUAUAAAAAAUCUUAAUGAUGAUUACAUCUCCUAAAGUUUUAGUUUACAUUAGUUUUUAACAUAUCCAUGGCCAGAGCCAGUUAUUAUACAAUAUUAUAUCUGCUUUAGCCUGGAGCCAGUGAGGGGAGAGGAAGGAAUUGGUGUGGUUCCUUGGUAA